CCCGGAUGUGCGCAUGCGUGCAUACGCUGUCCUGGCCUGGCCUGGCUGGGGAGGUGGUGCGAGGUGUGUGGGACGGACGCGUGCCGCGCCUCUGGCCCGCUCCGAGCAGUGUAUGCGACGCGACGAGAGAGCGCUCCUUCGUGCGCAUACACCUGUCGGGCGGGAUAGGUUUGGGGAGCGUCCAUGCGGAAGUGGACGAUGGAGGGUGCUUCAAGUUGUGUCGCCGUCGUAGCGAGUGCAUGCAACCCAGCUCCGCGAUACUGUACGGCGUAGAGCCCAUGCCCGUACGUCCGUGCGCUGCGAUCGACGAGGGGCACCUACACGUGCAGGCGACCGUACCUCGUCUAUCGCGUCGAGCUCCUCAUCGUCCGCGCUGCAUGCACGUGAGGGCGCACGCGCAGCGGUAUAGGCCAGGAGGAUGCUCACUCGCGCAUCGGCCCGUCCCUGGUGAUUGCGUACGACGUCGCGGGCGCGACGAAGCGUGACUCCGUCCACGACAGUGUUCCGCAAUGAACUUUGGUUCUGUUCCGACGGCUUUCAGUAGAGGCGGAGCGCGAAGCGCUGCAAUGUGUAGACGCUCUCGUUUCUGUUUUACCGAUCAGGACAGGGGGGUGGCCGCAGGGCUUGCGUGCCGGAGUGCGCUUUAUCGCAGCGUGUUAUUCGUCGGGGUGCCGACGUUGAGGACCACGGGCG